AUGGAGGCUGUUUACCCUGCUGCAGCAUCAGCGCUUACACGCGGCAGGCGACGCAAACGCACCGAGCCACGACAGAGACAUCGCACUAUGCCUGUCACAUUUGCUGAAAUUAAGGAAGUUGAUGAAGACAAGGAAGAUGAGCAGAUCCCAAUGACAGCUUCCAACAUAUCAAUUACAAGCGUUGAGGAGCGACGUCGAAAACCGGAUCUUCUAGAUGAUACACUCGGAAGGCAGUUCACAGAAUUUCGCAACAGAAGAACGCGGAGACGCCGAGACAUCAUCCACGAACCAGAUGAGAUAGAGGAUCACGAACCCAGCGAACAAAGUGAACCCACAUAG